GGUGAGGCUGGAAGGCGAAGUGGCCGCGCGGGAUGAUUGGUGAGGUGUUCCACUGACCGCGCCCAUAACCGCUACGUUACCGGGAGAAAGCGCAUAGAGCCGCAGAUCUGCUGUGGCGUUUCAUGCAGGUUGAGCGGCUUGACGCGCUCACGCGGCCGUCGACUGUACGGCAGUGAAAGGGGAGGGCGAACGCAGCAUUUCGCGUCUCUGGACUAUACAAAAGACAAACGAACAAUUUACAGUGAGAAGUGGGGAUAAAGCGCGCUCACUUUCAGCCACAAGCACAGAGGCCUGGUCAGAGGAUUUCUGGUGGUGACGUCUUGCCGGUGGAAUGCAGAUGCACUUCUCUAAGGGGAGCUGAGGUUUGCUGUGGAAAGAAAUCAUGUAUUUGACCUACUACCCACAAAAUGAAAAAUACAACCGCAGCAGUAAUCCUACUUUCACCAGAGGGUGAGAUGCAUAAAUCGGUCUUUUAACAUGUCGAGCCAACUAGAUUUUUAGGGCAGUUUUAGAUUUCAAAGCACUAAGUACCGUGUGAGUUUUUUUUUUCGUACAUGGUCUUUCAGAAGUGUUCCUCAAUGGAGAUACUCAGAAGAGAAUCAAGAUGGAGAAUCUAGUGAAAAGAAACUCUUAAAUAUUAGUUUUUUUUUUUUGAAAACUGGGACCUUACCAAUUCUGCAGCGCUAUUUUCGAAAAGGCCAGAUAUAUUAAUACGCUACACUGGGAAUAAAUCUCUCCUCUGCAGUGGAUUAAGAGAAACGGAACAUUAGAAAAGGAGGAUUAGGAGCACACUUGGAAGAUGAUGACACGGAAGUGGAGGUGCGGCGCGAAGUUCUCGCGGGCCUCCUUUUGGCUUGGGCUCAUGGUGGCCAUAGCUAUCACUGCUGCUCUGGAGUUUGAUGGUCUGCCGGGUCAGUGGGUUCGCUAUGGACCCUGGGAGGCGGGAGCCACCGGAGAUCUGAGCUUCACCAUGAAGACGAACAUCAGCAAAGCUGUAGUGCUGUACCUGGAUGAUGGCGGCAACUGUGACUUCCUGGAGCUCCUGAUCAACGACGGCCGUCUGCAGUUGCGCUUCGCCAUCCACUGCGGCGAGCCGGCCUCGUUGCACAUGGAGACGCACAUCAACGAUGAACGCUGGCAUCGCGUACUGCUCACGAGGAAUUACCGUGAGACCAUGCUGGCGAUGGAUGGGGAGAACAAAGUGGUGGAGGUGAAGUCCAAACGAAGGGAAAUGAUGGUGGCCAGCGACUUGUACGUGGGUGGGAUCCCACCGGACGUGCGUCUCUCGGCCCUCACCUCCAGCACGGUCAAAUACGAGCCGCCUUUCCGAGGCCUGAUCGCCAACUUGAAGUUAGGAGAGACUCCUCCUGCUCUCCUGGACAGUCAGGGCGUGAAGAACGAUCUGGAAUACCUGUGUACCAAACAAAACCCGUGCAGCAACGGAGGACGCUGCUCCAUUCAUGACAGUGAGGUGCUGUGCGAUUGCUCCAAUACUGGCUACAAAGGGAAAUACUGCACUGAAGCUCUCCAGCAAGUUUUAGGAGGUCUGGCGCACCUGACGUUAAAGAGCCAAGCCCCAGGAGCAGCUCCUCUGAUGGCCACUCCUGCAGCAGGUGAUCCAGAAUCAGGCCAAGUGGAGUCAGUGGCCACGUUCAAGGGUAAUGAGUUCUUCAGCUACGACCUGUCCCAAAAGCCCAUCCAGAGCAGCACAGAUGAAAUCACCCUGUCCUUCCGAACGCUGCAGCGGAAUGGUCUUCUGCUCCACACCGGCAAGUCUGCCGACUAUGUCAACCUGUCUCUGAAAAGUGGGGCCGUGUGCCUGGUCAUCAACCUUGGCUCCGGUGCCUUUGAGGCUCUGGUGGAGCCGUCCGACGGCAAGUUCAACGACAAUGCCUGGCACGCGGUCCGUGUGUCCCGCAACCUACGUCAGCGCGCAGGGGUUGGACUCCCUACGGUGACGAUAUCGGUGGACGGCCUGCUGACAACCACUGGCUACACCCAGGAGGACUACACCAUGCUGGGUUCAGAUGAUUUCUUCUAUGUGGGUGGCAGUCCAAACACCGCAGAUCUGCCUGGCUCCCCUGUGAGCAACAACUUCAUGGGCUGCCUUAAAGAUGUGGUCUACACCAAUAAUGAGUUCAGACUGGAACUCUCCCGCCUGGCUGAAUUGCGCGACCCCAGGGUCACCAUCCACGGUGACCUGACCUUCCGCUGCGAGGAUGUCGCCGCAUUAGACCCCGUCAGUUUCGACAUGCCGACUGCCUAUGUAACCCUUCCGCACUGGAACGCAAAGAAAGCCGGUUCCGUGUCCUUCGACUUCCGAACCACCGAACCCAACGGCCUCCUGCUGUUCAGCCACGGGCGUCCGCAGAGUUCCAAAGAUCACAGACCGAAGGUGGACUUCUUUGCCAUGGAGCUGCUUGAAGGUUUCCUCUACCUGCUCAUGGACAUGGGCUCCGGGAGCAUCAAGAUGAAAGUCGGGAACAAAAAGGUCAAUGACGGAGAAUGGUGCCACGUGGAUUUCCAGAGAGAGGGCAGGAAAGGCUCUAUCUCCGUCAAUGGCCGCAGCAUGCCCUUCUCCACCAAUGAGGGCAGUGAGAUUCUGGAUCUCGAUGGUGAAAUGUUUCUGGGGGGUCUGCCGGAGGACAGCGGCAGUCUUCCUCUCCCCCCAGAGGUGUGGACCGCCCGCCUCAGGCUGGGCUUUGUGGGUUGCGUGCGGGAUCUCUUUAUAGAUGGGCGCAGCAAGGACCUGCGGCAGUUGGCGGAGCUUCAGAGCGCUCCAGGUGUCAGCAGCUUCUGUACGAGAGAGACCCAUCGGAGGUGCAGCUCUGAGCCCUGUUCCCACGGAGGCCGCUGCCGUGAGGGCUGGAAUCGACAUGUCUGCGACUGCACUGGAACUGGAUAUCUGGGCCCCAACUGUGAGAUGGAAUCUGCAGUGCUGAGUUAUGAUGGCAGCAUGUUUCUGAAGGUCCUGAUGCCUCACGCCGUUCACACUGAGGCUGAGGACGUGUCUCUGCGCUUCAUGUCUCAGAGGGCUUAUGGUCUGCUCAUGGCCACCACCUCCAAAGAGUCCGCCGACACCCUGCGCCUAGAGCUGGACGGGGGAAGGGUCAGACUCACCGUCAACCUAGAUUGUAUCGGGAUAGACUGUAACCUUAGUAAAGGACCGGAGACUCUGUUCGCAGGGCAUAAGCUGAAUGACAAUGAGUGGCACUCUGUGAAGGUGGUGCGCCGUGGGAAGAGCCUGCAGCUCUCUGUUGACAACGUGACCGUGGAAGGCCAGAUGAGCGGAGCACACACGCAGUUGGAGUUCCAUCACAUAGAGACGGGCAUCAUGACCGAGCGGCGCUUCAUCGCAGUCAUGCCUUCCAACUUCAUCGGCCACCUGCAGGGCCUCUCUUUCAACGGCAUGCCGUACCUAGACCAGUGCAAGAAUGGUGACAUCUCCUACUGUGAGCUCAAUGCCCGCUUCGGCAUGCGCCGCAUCGUGGCAGAUCCCGUCAGCUUCCGGAAUCGAGCCAGCUAUGUGGCGCUGUCCACCCUGCAGGCUUACGCCUCCAUGCACCUCUUCUUCCAGUUCAAGACCACCAGUCCCGACGGUCUGAUGCUGUUUAACUCUGGAGACGGCAGUGACUUUAUCGUGAUCGAGCUUGUGAAGGGGUACAUCCAUUAUGUUUUUGACUUGGGCAAUGGGCCGUCGCUCAUGAAGGGCAACUCCGACAAGCCGCUCAAUGACAACCAGUGGCACAACGUGAUGGUGUCCCGCGAUGACAGCAACGUGCACAUGCUCAAGAUCGACUCCCGCAUGGUCACGCAGCACUCCAAUGGAGCCCGCAACCUGGACCUCAAAGGAGAGCUGUACAUUGGAGGUAUUGGGAAGAGCAUGUACAACAGUCUGCCCAAGCUCAUAGCAUCGCGGGAUGGCUAUCAGGGCUGCCUGGCCUCAGUUGACCUGAAUGGCAGGCUUCCUGACUUGAUCGCAGAUGCUUUGCACCGUGUGGGGCAAGUGGAGCGAGGCUGUGAAGCCGGCCCUGGCACAACCUGCACAGAGGACUCCUGCUCCAAUCAGGGAGUGUGUCUGCAGCAGUGGGAGGGGUUUACCUGUGACUGCACCAUGACGACAUACGGAGGUCCCCUCUGCAGUGACCCUGGGACCACAUAUAUAUUUGGGAGAGGAGGAGCGCUCAUCACGUACACCUGGGCCCCCAAUGAUCGGCCAAGCACCAGGGCGGACCGAUUGGCCGUGGGCUUCAGCACCCAGCAGAGUGAUGCCAUCCUGAUGCAGGUGGAGAGCAGCCAGGGCCUCGGAGACUACCUGCAGUUGCACAUU